GAAACACGGACGAGCUAGAGCAGGUGGGCUACUUGACCUUUGACCAUUGAAAUGCGGGGAAGCCCAGGGCUAAACAGCAUUUGCAUAUAGUCCCCACCAGUCCGAAUCCAGCACCAGCGUCCACAUUCACAUCCACAUCCGUUCCUCUUCUCCCUCAACCCCCUAUCAACACCUACGAGCAGCAGCCAUGUCCUCCCCAUUAUCAUACGUACCACCAGACCUACCGCCCUUCUGCGAACCGGAUACACCGGUGCUGGUAUUUCUCUCGCAGACAUUCGGAACAUGUUUACCAUCGUACUUGUCCUUCUUCUCUACGGCGGCCGGCGUGCUAUCCAUCGUGUCGUGGCUGUUUGCGCAGAUGCCACAGAUCUGGAAGAACUACCGCCGCGGAUCCGUGGACGGGCUGAGUCUGGGUUUCCUGGCGAUAUGGCUCGCAGGCGAUAUCUGCAACCUUCUAGGAGCAAUCUGGACCAGCCAGAUGUGGUUCCAGCAGGUGGUCGGAAUGUACUAUGUCCUCGUCGACGUCGUGCUCGUCUCGCAGUACUUCUACUUCACCAACAUCAACCCUCCCGAGCUGCUCUUUGGCCAGCAGCUCCACUACGACGAGAGCAUCGACGACGACGACGACUCGGAUGACUCAUACCUCGUCGACUCCGAACCCGAGACCAACAGCAAGAAGAAAAAGAAAGAGGCACGCAGCAACUCGAGCGGCUCCCGCGGCCGCAGCCGCAGCCUCGCCUCGACACUCAUCGUGGUAGUCUCGAUGAUGUUCCAUCUUGCGGGCGCCAGCCCCAUAUCCACCACCACCUCGAUUCCCCCUGCAGCGGAUGGCGGCGUAACCUUGCAGGACAUCGGCAGCGUCCUGAGCUGGUUCUCGACGCUGCUAUACCUGAGCUCUCGCAUGCCGCAGCUCCUCCUCAACUUCCGCCGGCGCUCGACAAGCGGGCUAGCAAUAUCGCUCUUCGUGGCCGCCUUCUUCGGCAACUUCUUCUACUCGCUCUCGCUCCUGCUCAACCCGCUCGGCCACUACGACUACCCAGCCUACGGCGGUGGCGGCAUCGCCGGCCCCGACGGCAACGACCACGCCGAGUGGUGGAGCCGCGCGCUGCCAUUCUUCCUCGGCGCCUCUGGCGUGCUCGGACUCGAUGCCGCGGUCGGCUGGCAGUGGCUCAUGUGGGGCGAGCGGGCGCCCGAGGACUUCGACGAGCUCGACGGUGACGACGACGACUGUCUCGCCCUCCAGGAGACGACCUGGAGCAGGUGGUGGCCCUGGAACGGGUGGUUUGAGGACUCGGCCGGCGAGGAGGAGGCGGCGGAGGGGAAGCCGCUUGUGGCGAAUCGAGCUCCGCUGCCUAGUUAUGGGAGUUCGCAGGGGUAGCGGGCGAGCGAUAUGCGUUUUGGUUUUUUCUCUUUUGUUGGGAAGGCAUGGGGUUUCUUGGGCGUUGUUUUUUGUUUGCUUUAUUUCGUUUGGGCGAGCAUGGACGGAUGGAUUGCGAUUUGCGGAGCGGACUGAUUCGAUUGCAUGGGGGUUUUACUUUUCUUCUGUUUCUGGACUUGGACUUGGACUUGGACUGGGCUUUGCACGCGGGUGAAGUGGCUGGCUGUAAUUUAUACGGGACUUUGUGUAGUUGUAAGUUGUAGGUUGGAUCCACGAUAGAUCGAUAGAUCGGAUCGGAGCAGGUCGAUUCAAUGCUACUAGAUGCUAUCUUUUGUCUGUGUCUUC